GUGUUUUUCUAGUAAGCACAUGAAACUUAAUGGCUUCUCCUCCUUCACAAUGGGGAGAUCUCCACUUUGUUCUAAUACCCCUGAUGUGUGCUGGACACUUCAUCCCGAUGGUCGACAUUGCCAGUCUCAUCGCGCAACAUCAGGUCAAAGUCACCAUAGUCACCACCCCCCUGAAUGCCUCCCGAGUCGGGGCAACAGUCAGUCGUGCCUCAGCCUCUGGUUUGCCCGUCAGGCUCCUCGAAGUUGAAUUUCCAUCUACUGAGGCUGGCAUCCCUGAGGGCUGCGAGAAUCUUGACGCCCUUCCUAACAUGGCCUUGAUGACGAACUUCAUGGCUGCCACUGGGAUGUUGCAAACCCCGAUUGAGCGCCUCCUGAAAGAGGUCACGCCACCUCCCAGUUGCAUCGUAUCUGACAGGAACCUAUUUUGGACAGGAAACCUCGCUCGAGACUUGGGGAUUCCUAGGGUCCUGUUCGACGGCAAGAGCUGUUUCAAUAACCUAUGUAUGUAUAACCUACAUCUUUACAAGCCCCAUGAGAAGGUUGCUGAUCGGUCGGAGCUGUUUACAAUACCUGGGAUGCCCGGUAACAUAAAAUUCACUAGGGCACAGCUCCAUAGUGAUUUCAAUUCCCCCUCGAAUGUCAAUAUGGAAGAGAUAAGGAAACCGAUCAGGGAGGAGUCAGAGGCAGCGCAUGGCGUCAUAAUAAAUAGUUUCGAGGAGCUGGAGACAGAGUACGUCAAAGCAUACAAGAAGACCAAUGAGGGUACUAGGUCAUGGUGCAUCGGUCCAGUGUCACUUUGCAACAAGAACAUGCUAGAUAUAAGCCAGCGAGGGAAUCGUUCCUCUGAAGAUGAGUCCCGAUUCUUAGGGUGGCUAAACUCUCACCCACCCCGGUCCGUGAUCUACGCUUGUCUAGGAAGUCUGAACAGGGUCAAACCGGAUCAGAUGAAAGAGUUGGGCCGGGGUCUAGAAUUAUCGAAAAGCCCGUUCAUUUGGGUCAUCCGGGGAGCGAACCAAGGCGAGCAGCUCAAACGGUGGCUCUGGGAGGACGGGUUUGAGGAGAGGGUCAAAGGGCGCGGCCUGCUGAUCCGAGGGUGGGUCCCACAGGUCCUGUUACUCUCCAACCCAUCGGUCGGCGGGUUUCUGACACACUGCGGUUGGAACUCCACACUGGAAGGUAUCAGCGCGGGCGUGCCGAUGGUGACAUGGCCGCUCUUUGGAGAGCAGUUCUAUAACGAGAAGGUGCUCGUGGAGGUUUUGCAGGUUGGAGUCAGUGUCGGGGCCAAGGAGGUGGUGCACUUGGGUGAAGAAGACAUGCAUGGAGAUAUGGUCAAGGAAGAGGAUGUUAGGGUUGCUGUAGAUGAGGUGAUGAGUGGAGAUGAUGAGGUAACAAAGAGGAGGAAGAGGGCCAAGGAGCUUGCAAAGAAGGCAAGAGAAGCAGUAGAGGAAGGUGGGUCUUCUUAUGUCAACAUCAAGAAAUAUAUUGAGUAUAUCGGAGAAGCACAAUCUUAGGCGAAAUUAUAUGUAUCUGAUAAUAAGACGGGGACCAAGCUAUAGACUGGUUGAUGGGAGAUGGAUGAUAUAAGAUAUAUGGACUUGGACUUAAUCGGAAUAUCUAGGGUUCGGUCGUAUCUGUGAAUGCAUGAGAUUUUUUUAUAGAUGGAU